ACUUGAAAAGCGUAAACAUAAACAUGAUUUAAUAUUAUUCGAAAAUUAAUUUAACAUAAAAUGUUAAAUUAACAGUGCACUUUCUCGAAUUAAUUUGGAAUAUAUGCAAAAGUCCAACAUCAACUGUGAACCCAGAAUAUAUUUACCUUUUAGUUCCAGCUGCAAAACGCAGAUAAUGUCUGGUGCAUAUUUCUUGGCUGCGGCAGAAGAAGAUCGUAAAAAAAAGCAACUGAAAGUGAGCAAACGUGUUCUUAGAGAACAGGACAGUCCCCUAGAUCUGCCAGAUGACGAGUUCCUCAAACUGUUUCGCCUCACCAAGCCUCUGUUUAAAGAACUUUGUGCUGUUCUAAAACCUUUCUUGCCUGGGCGCCAGUACUCGAAUGCGAUACCUCUAGAUAUUAAGAUAUUAACAGCAUUAGCAUUUUAUGGACAAGGUGGCUAUCAGAAAGCUGUUGGCAUAAAGCUGCUAGGGUUGUCACAAACAUCGGUACACGAUUGUUUGAGGGAUGUCACUAAUGCUCUUAAUACACCAACAGUGUUAAGAAAAUUCAUAAAGUUUCCUAGAACCAGUCAGGAGUUGGAGGAGGUGUCUAGAGGGUUUUUCCAAGAAUUUGGUAUACCUGGCGUGGCAGGGUGUAUAGAUGGAACUCAUAUAGCCAUGAUACGACCCUGCGAAAAUGAGGGAGCCUAUUUCAAUAGGAAAAACUACCAUUCCAUUAAUGUUUUGAUUAUCUGUGACUCGAAACUGAACAUUCUGUAUGUGGACGCAUCUUUCGGCGGCGCCUGCCACGACUGUCACGUGUGGAGCCAGUGCCCCGUCAACCACUUCAUGCAGCAACUGCACAGCCGCGGCGAAGGCACGCAUUACCUGCUCGGGGAUUCAGCCUAUGCCCAAAGGCCCUGGCUGAUGACCCCUGUGCUGCGCGCCGGCCUGGGCUCGCCGGAGGAGUACUACAACCGGCUGCACGCGCACGCCAGGAGCGUCGUGGACCGCUGCAUCGGCGUGCUCAAGGCACGCUGGCGAUGCCUGCUGGCACAUAAGGUACUGCGGUACAGCCCUAUCAAAGCCGGCAAAAUGGUCAACGCAUGUGUGGUGCUCCACAAUUUCGUCAACCGAGCUGGUCUCGCCGUGGACAUCCAAGAGGAACUGCAUCUGGACUCGCAGCAGCAGAUCUUCGAGGCUGUCGAGUCACAUGACGUGGAUGGAUCGAGGCAAGCCCUGAUCGGCAGGCUGUGGGCUGCGCGGAGCGCUUGUAUGUACCAGGUCGAUUGGUCGAACAAUCGACAUUGCGAGGGGAAUCAGUAUUAUACGUAGAUUAGAUUAAGGAACUAAUAGCACAGACUCAUUAAAA